ACUCCCAAAAAAAUUAAACAUUUCAGCAAAAACAAAGAGAGCGAAGAAGAAGAAGAAAAAGACGAUUUCUCGAAGAAGCUAUGGCGGAUCAACUCACUGAUGAACAGAUCUCUGAAUUCAAGGAAGCUUUUAGCCUCUUCGACAAAGAUGGCGAUGGUUGCAUCACAACCAAAGAGCUGGGAACAGUCAUGCGUUCACUAGGGCAGAACCCAACAGAGGCAGAGCUCCAAGACAUGAUCAACGAGGUUGAUGCAGAUGGAAACGGCACAAUCGACUUCCCAGAGUUCCUGAACCUGAUGGCAAAGAAGAUGAAAGACACUGACUCAGAGGAAGAGCUAAAAGAAGCAUUCAGGGUAUUCGACAAGGACCAGAACGGUUUCAUCUCGGCUGCUGAGCUACGCCAUGUGAUGACCAAUCUUGGUGAGAAGCUAACUGAUGAAGAAGUUGAAGAGAUGAUCCGUGAGGCUGAUGUUGAUGGAGAUGGUCAGAUCAACUACGAGGAGUUUGUCAAGAUUAUGAUGGCUAAGUGAUUGAAGACAACGACGAUGACCUAUUAUCAUGUUUCUUAAUGCUUUUUAGGAGUUUUAACCAAAGAACAUUUGCAUGAUUGGUGGAUAAACUGAGCUUUAAACAGACUGGAAUUUGAGACUUUCUUUUUUUUCUUCUUUCUGGUUUUUAUGACUUUUGUGUGUGUAAUGGAAAACAAAGUUAUGUUGGUUGGAAAUAGAUGGUCACACCCGAAUCUAAA